UGAAAAUAGUUGCACUGAAUCGCUUGUCUGUAAUUAUUAUCUUGAUUUUUUAUCCUGCAAAUUACGCUUGACGCGGUGUUCCGUGAUCUUUCUUUUUGGCAAUGACUGCCGAAGUCAUAUCGUCUGUCUCCUCGCUAACUGAGCAGCUACAAGAAGCGAAGGAUAAGCUCCGCGAAACCGAAGAGAGCAUUAAACGCGUUACAGGCCGUGAUGUUGUCGACCCGCAUCUCGUCGCGCGUCGUCCAGACGCAGCCGUGCCCCCCGCAUCCUUACGACCCCCUAUCACCGUCCGCACCCCGUCAUUUAUUGCGGCGAAUCCCAAUUUCGCCCGCCCGACCGAUGAACCCCCCACGAAGCGCCCCCGCGCCGUCACAUCCUUUCGCCCCAUCGUCGCCCCCGAUAACACGGUUCCGGGGAGCCAGCCCGAACGGCGCCGUGUAACAGGGGGUUGGGAUGAUGAUUCCGACGAGUAUCGCCGGCGGAAGAUCCAGUCGACGGUAUUCUUCGAUACAACGCCGCGGAAAACCCGCGAAGAACGCAUGAGCGAAGCCAAUAUCCACGGGGGCGAUAAAGACGCGGCCAGAAAUCGUCGUAUGUUCGGGUCGUUAAAAAAGACCCUGGAGAAAUUCCAGAUUGAGCAGGAGAACCGCAAGAAGACGGACGAACAGCAGAAGGAAAUCCGGCAGAAAUUAGAGGAGAAAGAGGCCGCGGAGAAACGCGAAUCCCAGCGCGAGCGCCGAGAACUGUUCUGGGAGCGCAAACGCUCGCAAGCAGUGGUAAAAUUCCUCGAGACUAAGGUGGACAUUAUGAAGCGUUUCACAGACUGGGAGACCAGUCAGAAACCCUUGAUGAAAUUCCUAAGGACGGAGAGUACCUGUCCGAUUUAUUAUCAGCCGAAAAUCUUAAACCCUGCACAGGAAGAGAAGCUGGCCAAACAUCGCGCCGCGCUCCAGGCGGAGAUUGAGAAACGGCGCGAUAUGAUGCAGGAGCAGUUGAAUCGGCUGGAUGGGAAGAUUGAAAAAGCCUCCCAGAAGCGCGGCCAGGAUGUAACGUUGGAAGAGCACAUCCAGGAGACGAAGCGCACUAUCCGGGAAGAGCCCCUGGAUGACUACGAUGUGGAUGAGAUCCUGGAUGACAAGGAGGUGGAGGGCUACGAUCUGGUGGAGGCCGAUGAGCCCGGUCCGGAGAAGAUGGCCACGGAUGACUCCAAGCACAGCCAUGUGGAGAUGGGGAAUGUGGAGAAUCCGCCCGGGGACGACGGUGCUUCAAGUGGGAAUAAGGCGGAACCUCGGCCCAGCACCGGACCUGCGAUUCCUGGGGAGAAUGCGGAUAAUGGUACGGGUGUUACGGACGUACUUAGUGCGGGGGUGUAUUGAUUGGACGGGGUUCGGUUGUCUCUCUUUUUGAAUAUGCGUAGUGUUCCGUUGCGUUUCGAUUUUGUUUUCCAGCUAGUUGUUUACACAUGUACCUUCUGUAAACUGGUACUAUGUAGCUGUAGUACAUACAAAAUACAGAAGUAAGGUGAAAGAUCGGAUUCUUUUUGGUUCUCCAGUGUACACGUGGAAAUGUACCGUGCAAUGACGUUAAUUAUGACUGUAAUGAACUGCGUAAUAAAUUAAGCGAUUGUUU